AUGAUUAAUAAAAUUAUACUGAUAGUAAUAUUAAAUUUAAUUGCCCUUACAUAUGGAAGUCAAAGCGUAAACUUAAGUAUUAGAAGCUCUCAAACAAAUGCAGUAAAUCCGUCGUUUAAAAGUUUUAUUGAUGAAGAUAUUUAUGGUUUUAUUUUAAAAAAAAAUUAUAAUGAUGAAAACAAAUGCAAAAUAAAACUUGAGGAAUAUUGUAAAGAAUUAAAGGAUAUAGAUCCAGGAUUAAAUAAAGUUGAUAGUAAGGCUAAAGAAAUUUGUAAUGAUAAUGAUAAAGGACAAAAAUGCAAAGACCUAAAAACAAAUAUUACAGAAAAAGUAAACCAAGUUUAUGAUGAAGUUUAUAAAAUUAUACAAAAAUUUUCAACUUAUGAAGAUUGCGAUAAAUAUUUGCCAAGAUGUUUCUUUUUGGAAGAUUCAACUUCUAAUAUUUUAGAAGGGUGUUAUUUCAUAAGAUAUGAUUGUUAUAUAAGGAAGCGUUUAAAACUGACAAAUGAAAUUAUUCUUCAAGCUGUCGGUGAUAGUAUUGCUAAUUAUAAUGAUUUUAAAGAAAAAAUGAAAGAAAUCUGUCCAAUAUUGAUUCAACAAGGUAAUGAUUUAGUCAUCGAAUGUCUUGAAAUUGAAAAAUCUUUUGAAAAAUUAAAUGAAUAUAUUAAUUAUUUUUGCAAUUCUUUAAAUAUUAACCUUAAUGAUAAUGAAUUGCAAGAAAAAUGUUACGAAAAACUCAAAAACUGUUAUUUUCUUAAAAAUAAAUGCGAAAAAAACUGUAAUGACUUGAUGGUGUUAUGUGAGAAAAAGAAUAUUACAUAUAAGCCUCCAGAAAAAGAUUUUAAUCCAAUUGAGCCAGAAGCAACAUUGUUAGAGAAAAUUGAUCUGGAAGGUUUUUAUAAAAAAAUGAGAGAUGAAGGAAUACAUAUUGGAAAUUUGCAAACAACACUGGACGACAUGUUAAUCUUUUUGUCUACAACAGCCUCCGAUUUGGAAGAAAAUGAAUGCAAGAAUGAAUUAAAGGAAAACUGUGAUUUUUUUAAAUAUCUGAGUCCUGAAUUUAAGGAAUUAUGUCAAGAUAACAAAAGGCAAAAAUGCAAAGAUAUAUUAGAAAUAAAAAAUAGAUGUAGAAAGCUUAAAAUAAUGCUUUAUGUAAAUGGAUUUUCUACAAAAUUUGAUAAUAAACUAGGGAAAGAUAUCCUUUGGAAUAAGCUUUCAACAUCAUUUAGUGAGAGAGAAUGUUUAAAAUUUAGAGCAGAAUGUUUUUUUAUUCAAGGAGCAUGCAAAAAUAAUCUCGUUAAAGGAUGCAGAAAUCUAGAAUUAGCAUGUUAUAAAAAGCAACAAGAACAACUAUUUAUUAAAUUAAUUGAAAGUAAAUUGGUCGAAGAACAAUACAAAUUAAAAUCAAAAGAUGACAAGCUUAAAAUAUGUCAAAAAAUAGUAAUGGAGAACUGUGCAGCACUUGUAAAUAAUAAUAUUGAGAACUUUUUAAAAUGCCUUCGACCAAAAGAGAUAUGUCUUGAACUUGAAGAAAUUAUUUUUGCUCGAUCGAAAGACUUAGAACAAGCUUUGGAUCAAGCACGAGAUUUUCCUAAAGAAGAGGACUGUAUUAAAUUGAAAAAGGAUUGUGAAGGUAUUGCGAAGGAUUUAGGUUCAAAUAAUGUAAAGUGUGUUACAUUAAAAGAGCGUUGUAAAUAUUUGGAAGUUACAAAAGAACUAAAAUAUGUUUUUUUAAAAGAUAAAAGUAAUUCAUUAGCGAAUAUUCAAAAUUGUAUGAAAACUUUGAAAGAAAAAUGUGAUAGAUUGUUUAAAAGAGAGACUAAUACAUUUGCUGUUUCAUGUGCUUUGCCAGAAGAAACAUGUAAAUUUAUGGUUUCAGAAGUUAAAAAUCAUUGCAAUGCUUUUAAAAACAAUAUAAAAAAACAUGAUAUUGUGAGUAAAAGUAGAAAUGGAAAUCAAACAUUGGCUGAAGAAAUCUGCAUGUUAUGGUAUCCAUAUUGUGAUGAACUUAUGGAAAAUUGUCCAGAUAAGUUGAAAAAAGGAGACAAUGGGAAUGAAAAAGGAGUCUGUUUACAACUGAUAGAGAAUUGUAGGCCAUUCUUGGAAAAGUUGAAAUUGGAGGAUGAGUUAACUCAUAUAUUGAAAGGUAGUUUAGGCGAUGAAACUGAAUGUAAAGAAACAUUAGGAAAACAUUGUACUGAGUGGAAAAAAGAAGGGAAUCAAACAUUGAAUAGUCUAUGUGAAGAUGCUAAGAAAGAAGAACUUUGCAAAAAGUUUGUUGGAAAAAUAAAAGAAAAAUGUCCAACCUUAGAAAAUGAACUGAAUAAAGAGAAAGAUGAAUUAAAGAAGAAGAAGGAUGAAUACGAAAAGGUGAAACAGGAGGCAGAAGAAUUUGGAAAGGAAGCUAAGUUACUAUUAUCAAGACCUGGACAAGAUGGACAAGGUGCAGGAUCAAAGGUGCAAGAUGGCAGUGCUCCUAAACCAGUGGGACCACCGGUACAGCCACCAGUACCAGUACCACCAGCACAACCACCAACACCAGGAGCACCAGGAACACCAGGAACACCAGGAGGAGCACCAGCACCAGUACCAGUACCAGUACCACCACAGGGCCAUCAGGAUCACCAUCACGAGGAACACCAACACCAGGAGGAUCAACAUCAAGUGGAACGACAAACACAACUAAUGUUAGACUUGUUCGGAGGACAUUUAGCAUUGGAAUUGUAUUUAGAAUUGAAAGAGAAAUGUAAAGGUUUGCAAGGAGACUGCGGGUUUAAAAAGGAUUGUCCGGGGUGUGAUGCGGCCUGUACAGAAAUAGACAAGUUAUGUGAAGGAAUAAAACCAUUAAAAGUUACACCGCAUCAUACAAUGACAUUAAUGACGACAGAGAUAACGACUACAACAAUGAUUACAACGACUACAACAAUGAUUACAACAACUACUACAACGACUACAACAACGAUUACAACAGCGACAAAGUCAAUACAUGGAGGGAAAAUAACAGAACAAUGUACAUUUGCUCAAACAACAGAUAUAUGGGUGACGAGCACAUCGUUGCAUACGAGUACGAUAACAAGUACAUCUACAAUAACAUCUGCGGUGACAUUGACAUCGAUGCAAAAAUGCAAGCCUACAAGAUGCACAAGUAAUUUAACUAAAGAAACAGAAACAGAAAAAGAGGAAGAAGUGAGAUCAAAUGAAGGAAUGAAAAUAAGAAUACCAAAAAUGAUAAAAAUAAUGUUGGGAGUGAUUGUUAUGGAAAUGUUGUAA